AUGGACUAUAAUAGGAUGAAUUCCUUUCUAGAGUACCCACUCUGUAACCGGGGACCCAGCGCCUACAGCGCCCCAACCUCCUUUCCCCCAGGCUCAGCUCCGGCCGUUGACAGCUACGCAGGGGAGAGCCGCUACGGCGGAGGGCUGGCCAGCUCCGCGCUCCCACCAAACUCGGGGUAUCCCGUCCAGCAGCCGCCUUCAUCCCUGGGGGUGUCUUUUCCCAGCUCUGCUCCCUCGGGGUACGCCCCAGCCGUCUGCAACCCCGGCUAUGGGCCUUCUCAGUAUUAUUCCGUGGGUCAGUCGGAAGGAGACGGAGGCUACUUUCACCCGUCGAGCUACGGAGCCCAGCUAGGGGGCCUGCCCGACGGCUACGGUGCGGGCGGAGCAGGCCCAGGGCCCUACGCCCCGCCGCAGCCCCCUUACGGAACCGAGCAGACGGCAACCUUCGCACCAGCCUACGAUCUCCUUCCCGAGGACAAGGACCCCUCUUGCUCGUCAGAACCCAGCACUCUCACCCCCCGGACCUUCGACUGGAUGAAGGUCAAGAGAAACCCACCCAAGACAGCGAAGGUAGCGGAGCCGGGACUGGGCGCUCCCGGCGGCCUCCGCACAAACUUCACCACGCGUCAGCUGACCGAGCUGGAGAAGGAGUUCCACUUCAACAAGUACCUGAGCCGCGCCCGGAGGGUGGAGAUCGCCGCCACCCUGGAGCUCAACGAAACGCAGGUGAAGAUCUGGUUCCAGAACCGGCGCAUGAAGCAGAAGAAGCGCGAGCGAGAGGGGGGCAGGGUGCCCCCGGCCCCUCCAGGUGGCCCCAAGGAAGCGGCUGGAGAUGCCUCGGACCAGUCGACCGGCACCUCCCCGGAAGCCUCGCCGAGCUCCGUCACCUCUUGA